GUGUGAAGGGCAGGGCUGUGACUUCCGCCUGGCCGAGAACAGCGGCGGCGGUGCAGAGAUCAGGGCGGAUUCACCGAGUCUGGACAAAAAUGGACAGCCAGGGCAAAAAAGUGGUGGUCUGUGACAACGGGACAGGGUUCGUGAAGUGUGGAUAUGCUGGCUCUAAUUUCCCAGAGCACAUAUUUCCGGCUCUGGUCGGGAGGCCGAUCAUCCGCUCCACUGCCAAAGUGGGAAACAUCGAGAUCAAGGAUUAUAGGAGGAUGGACCUGAUGGUGGGCGACGAGGCGAGUGAACUGCGCUCCAUGCUGGAGGUGAACUACCCCAUGGAGAACGGCAUCGUGAGGAACUGGGAUGACAUGAAGCACUUGUGGGAUUACACCUUCGGCCCGGAGAAACUCAACAUCGACUCAAGAAACUGCAAGAUCCUGCUGACCGAGCCCCCCAUGAACCCCACCAAAAACAGAGAGAAGAUCAUCGAGGUGAUGUUUGAGACCUAUCAGUUCUCUGGAGUUUAUAUCGCCAUCCAGGCCGUCCUUACACUCUACGCUCAAGGUCUGCUGACGGGUGUAGUUGUGGACUCUGGCGACGGCGUCACUCAUAUUUGUCCCGUGUACGAAGGCUUUUCUCUUCCUCAUCUCACUCGCCGUCUGGACAUCGCCGGAAGAGACAUCACACGCUACCUCAUCAAGCUGCUGUUGUUGAGAGGUUACGCCUUCAACCACUCGGCAGACUUCGAGACGGUGAGGAUGAUGAAGGAGAAGCUGUGUUACGUGGGUUAUAACAUCGAGCAGGAGCAGAAGCUUGCGCUGGAGACCACUGUUCUGGUGGAGUCUUACACGCUGCCGGACGGGAGGGUGAUUAAAGUUGGCGGCGAGCGGUUCGAGGCUCCUGAAGCUCUGUUUCAGCCUCACCUCAUUAAUGUGGAGGGUGUGGGGGUCGCUGAACUGCUCUUCAACACCAUCCAGGCUGCAGACAUCGACACCAGGGCUGAGUUUUACAAGCACAUUGUUUUGUCGGGCGGCUCCACCAUGUAUCCCGGUCUGCCGUCUCGUCUGGAGCGAGAACUCAAACAGCUUUACCUGGAGAGAGUGUUGAAGGGAGACGUCGACAAGCUCUCGAAGUUUAAGAUCCGCAUUGAGGAUCCUCCACGUCGUAAACACAUGGUGUUUUUGGGUGGCGCAGUGCUAGCAGACAUCAUGAAGGACAAAGACAACUUCUGGAUGACCAGAGAGGAGUAUCAAGAGAAGGGCACGCGUGUGCUGGAGAAACUGGGUGUCACUGUUAGAUAAAUCAAACACAUUCUCGCAUAAACACACACAAAUACACACAAAGCAUCACACACUCACACUCCCAGUCGCCGGGUGGCAUUUUGGCAGCGUAAAUGCACCAAUGUUUUUUUCAAAAGAUGAUGAGGAAAUACUUGAGAACCACAAACAAAUACUUGAACUUCCUUUUACAAUCCAAAAAUGAAAAGUGCUUAAAGUUUGUACGACAUUCCAAAUGUAAAGGCUCAUAUCAGUGAUAUUGAGUGAAUUGCUCACGAAAGCCGUUUAUGCUGCCAAAAUGAAUCCACAAAAGCACCACCAUAUCAUGACCUGUUUGUUUCGAGUCCUGUCCGCUUUAUGAAUUCUCAUCGACUCUAACAAAGUCAAAUAUCACUCAAAAGAGAGUUUAAAAAAAUUAAACAUGAGGAUGUUGUGUAAGUAAACAAUAAAAAGAUGUAUUUUUAAGAGAGGUUUCUUUGGUAAGAAGUUGUUUUUGUAAUGAUAAAAAAAGUCGUUGCAGCCAAUUAGCUAAUAAAAAUGAAGACUAUAAGAAUGGUGGCUGAUGGUAUCAAACAUACAGACGUUCUGGCAGAAGUGUCUACUUUUUACCUUUAAUUUUCUGCAAUGGCUUUCUCUCAGUGUUGUUAGAUGUGCGCUUCAUCUGAUUUCCUGAAAGUAAAGAGGGAAAUGCGGUUAUGACCUGGACCAACUUCUCUGAAUAUUACAAUAUUUUACGAGUGCUCUGAGCUCAAAUAAUGUCAAUGAGGAUGCUUUAAAUAAACUAACUAUGAGCAUCGCUAAUCUGCUUAGCUGUUAGGAUUUGAAAGUCAUAUAGACAGGUCGUUCGCAAUUAGAUCUGUGUUUUAGUCUAAAGGACAUUUAUAAACGGUAGUAUCAGUUUCAGACUGUGUUUGAAAGGGAAGUGAUAAUGUUCUGCCGCAUGUUUUGCGUACAGUUAUAGCUGAAAACUAGAAGCUCAUUUCCGCAUCUGUAUCUCAUCAAAUUCACAUUUUAGGAUCAAAAUGGACUUUUCUUUUGCAUUGACAUAAUUUUGACAAUUAGUCACUUUUUUGUUUCUAUUGUCAUUACCGUAAUGCUAAUAUAAUGAAAUUAUCAAUUACAUAAUGCAUUAUUUUAAUAAAAAAAUAUAUACAUGUAUUGGCGUGAUGACAUUAUUUUCAUGACGAUUAAGCUCUUUUUUGGUCUGUAUUGUCAUUACCGUAAUGUUAUUACGAUAGAAUUCUUAUCAACAUCUUGCCUUUAAAUCUGUCAUUUAUAUUAAAACAAUGCAUUUUGACAUUAUUGUCAUGACAAUUAAGCACUCUUUUUGUCUGAAUUGUCAUUACCGAAUUGCUAAUACAAUGGAAUUCUCAUUCACAUAAUACAUUAUUGUUAUAAAAAUUAUAAUUCAUUGACAUGGUAUUGUGACAAUUAGGCACUUUUAUUGUCUGUAUUGUCAUUAUCGUAAUGCUAAUAUAAUGGAUUUCUCAUUAACAUCUUGCAGAUACGUUUAACGUUUUUAUUCAAUUAAUGUAUCUUAACAUAAUUUUCAUGAAAAUUUAGCACUUUUUGCCUGACUUGUCAUUAACGUAAUGCUAAUAUAAUGGGAUUCUCAUUAACAUCUUGCCCAUACAUCUAUCAUAUAAUGGAACUAUCAUUAACAUCAUGUUAAUACAGCUUUCAUUUUUAUUAAAAUAAUGCAUUUUGACAUUAUUUUCUUAACAAUUAAGAACUUUUUUUGUCUGAAUUUUCAUUACCGUAAUGCUAAUAUAAUGGAAUCCUCAUUACCAUCAUGCCAAUUACAGCUAUCAUUUUUUAAACAAUGCAUUUUGACAUUGUUUAUGACAAUUAGGAACAGUUUUGUCUGAAUUGUCAAUACCGUAAUGCUAAUAUAAUGGAAUUAUCAUUGACAUCAUGCCAAUACAUCUAUAAUUUUUUCUUAAAAUAAUGCAUUUAGACAUUAUUUUUAUGACAAUUAGGCUCUUUUUUUUGUCUGAAUCGUCAUUACCAUAAUGCUAAUAUAAUGGAAUUAUCAUUACCAUCUGGCCAAUACAGCUAGCGUUUUUAUAAAGUUAUACAUUUUGAUGCUAUUUUCAUGACAAUUAAGCUCCUUUUUUGUCUGAAUUGUCAUUACCAUAAUGCUAAGAUAAUGUAAUUUUUAUUACCACCAUGCAAAUACAUGCAUAAUUUUUAUUAAUUUAAUGCAUAAAAUAAAAAAAAUUACUCUAAUGGAAAAAAACUACAAUCAUUACCAUAAAGAAACAUUUACCUUGAUUCAAAGUCAAAAAUAAAUAGUGAAAAUACAGUACUCUUUCGGUAAUAUAGUAAACAAAUACUGUAUUUACUAGCAAUGAGAAUCAGAAAAUAUAUGUAAAAUUGAAAUUUUUGUAUGGAAAUGAUUAUUUUGGAAUUAAUGUUUAUAAUCGUUUAUAAAAAUGUAGCUGUAGUUUUUUUAAGAAUGAAAAUUAGACUUGGAAUAAAAAUGAUAGUAUCCAAUAAGAAAUGUAAAUUAGUGGAAAUGACAAAAUAUAGAGGAACAAAAUGUGUUACGGUAAUGAGAAUUUCUAAUGUAAAUUGGUGUAAUGUCAAUGCAAAAAAGCAUUCUGAUUCUGAAAUUAGAUGGGGUUUUUUUUCCUUUUUUUUUUCUUUGCAAGAUUCACAUUUGGAGAGUUGGCCAUAAAUCAUCCAGAUUAGCUGCAGCAGUGCAUUUAGUUGCAGCUCACGCAUGCAUUUCUCACAUGCAUCACUCCAUGCAGCUUCAGUUAGUGUUGCUCAUUCCAUUGCAAUACCCCAGAUCCUUUUCAUCAGCUCAUUUAUUUUAGUGUUUUAAUGAGUCUCAAUCGUGUUUUACUCCCUCGAGGAACUUCAUGGUUGUUCACAGUCUCAACAUGUUUUUUACUUUCCUUGCAUUUAAAGGGAUAGUUCACCUUUAAAAUUAAAAUGUGCUCACCAUUUCCUCAAAGUGUUUCCAAACCUGUUUGUUUUUUCUUUUGUUAAACUGCUGGAAACCUGUAACCAUUGACUUCUAUAGUGGGAAAAGCAAAUACUGAAGGAAAAACUCAAUUGAUGACAAUAUUUUCAUUUUCAGGUGAACUAUCCCUUCAACAGUUUUUUGUUUAUUUGUUUUUUUUUUCUUCUCUGGUGGUUGUCGGGUAAUUUUCGUGUCCUAGUCGUGCGGCAUCUAACAGUCUGAAAAUGAAGGCGUCUCUGGUUAGACGCUUCAUUCCCAGACCCAAGACAGCCAUGAUGUAACGGUUUACUGCCUGUUUGUAAAAAGAAUGACACAAUAAUGACGGUAAUGAUAAUGAUGAAAAUAAUUUUAGUGUUUGUACUCGUUGACAGCUGUUUUGAAAGCUGGAUCAGUGAUGUUUCUGUGUUUGGCUUUGGGUUUGUUCACACUCGGACUCUUCACAUGUGGAACAAACAGUACGACGACUCCAUUGAUUUCACUUAUGCGUGCUUUCAGUGCCAAGUUUGGGUAUUGUAGUCAUUUUUUUUGUUUGUUUUCUGCAUUUUUUUUUUCUGUUCGUUGCGUACUGCCAGACCACUGAUUUAAAUAAAGAAAAUUGAUUUAUAACUCAA